AUGAGUCGCUCGGUGAGCAAAGCCGCCCACUAUGCGCUGCAGCUCGACGAGGCUCGCUGCGAGGGCGACUGGGACGCAGUGCCGGAGUUUGUGCGGAAAGUCCGAAAGCAUGCAUCGAGUCGCGCCUGUCUCACUCUGACUGCCGAAACCGAGUAUGCAAUCGAAAAGGCCACCCGAAGCCACCCUCCCUCCGGUCGCGCAGCUGACGCCUCGGACCCUGCUGCUGGCCUCGACGCUGCGACGCUGCUGCCCAAGCUGCAGGCCGUCAUCGACCAUGAAGACGUCUUCCUGCAGGACCGCUUCCAGGCGCGGGUCUGCGUCGGCUGGUUGCACUGGGUGGCGGGCCAGUACGAUGCCGCCCUGGCCCAGCUCCCCGAAAGCCUCGAGACCGAGCUCACCUCCUCGGACCGCCCUGCCGAGAGCCUUGUUGUAACGGACUGGACGCGGGUGUGUGCUCUGAAGUCGGCGUAUCUGAGAGCCAACUGCCUGGCACGCAAGGACCUGCGGAAAGAAGCGCUGGCAGUGUUCGAAGACGGCCUCCCGUGCAUCACAAGCGCGCACGCUGUUCAGCAGUCCCGGAAACAGCUGCGGUACUGGUCGGAGCUGUUCCUGACCGAGUACUGCAUGCUGCUGAGCCACACCCUGGAAAAGGGCGAGGCGAGCUUGGAGGACCCCAAGUGCCUGGUGAGCUUCCGCUCGUGGGCCAAGUACUGGGAAGGCACCAACGGCGCGGCACAGCUGGGCGGCUUUGGCUUCCGCGGCUCCGUCCCGCGCCGGCGGAUAUGGUUCGAGUACUACGCUCUCCUGUCCGCGCUCCUCGAAGACGACCUGCCUUAUCCGCCUGGUUACGCACCGGUGGGGACGGGCGGCGAGUCGUCUGCACGGAGCCACCUACGAAUGGAACUAAAAAGGGUCGAGGCCGUCUACGAGACACUCCUUCUCGAGGAGACGUCGUUCCCGCGUGCUGAGGAUGAGCGCAAGGAGGUGGAAGAGUUUGUGCGCCUCGUCGUGCAGAACUGGUCUGUGCUCAAAGGGCGUGGUUGGCGCGAGUCAGACCUGGGUCAGGGUGGGCGUGAGUCGGCAAGCCGCAGUGUCCUCGACAUUCUGUACCGCGCGUCGACGAAGACCUACCACUCCACGUCCAUUCUGCGGUACCUCUUUACCGUGCACUUGGCUGUGGCCGAGUUCGACCUGGCCUUCAAAGCCUUUGACUCGUACCUCGGCCUGAUCAAGAAGGGCAAGGCCCGCGUCGCCAAGACCGGCAAGGAUGAGCCACACCUCGACGACGACGCCGUUGUGUUAGAGACAGUUUCGCUGUGCAUCGUGGCACUCUGCCGCUACGGCAAUCGGCAGGCAUCGGAAAAAGCGCACGGGCUCGGCCAGGAGUUGGAACAGUGCCUACACGAGCUCAGCCAUGCCCUUCCCGAGCAGGUCGACGAAGACAACCCGGCGCCGCGGACGACGCUCGUGUCGGAUUUUAAGGGCACCAACAUCCCGGUCCGUGUUCAUGCUCUGGCCUGGCAGGCCGUCGGCCUUUCACUGGCACAGUGGUCACGGACGACAUACGACUCGGCCUCGCGCACCGACAUCCAGGCGAAAGCCGUCCGGUCCCUCCGCAAGUCCAUGUCGCCCGAAUUUGGACAGUCGGCGAACCUGCGCAGCGUGUUCUCGCUGAGCUUGCUGCUCGUGGAGCAGCGCGACAUUGGCGCAGCCAUCGACCUGGUCAAGGCUGCCCUGCUGUCGAACAAGCCGCCUGAUGCAGAGCACGAGUACGUGCAUGGGCCGUACUGGCGUGAGCGCACAAUGAUCCCGCUUUGGCACUUGUUGUCACUUUUGCUCAGUGCCCGUCAGGACUACGUCAUGGCGGCACGGGCGUGCGAGGGCGCGUUUGAGCAGUUCAAGGACCCAUCGGUGCUGUUUGGCAGCGACGCAAUGUACCGCAGCGAGCACCUGAACGAAGCCGAGGCCAACGACGAAAAGAAUGCAGGCUGGAGCCGUGGCCUUGUCGACGACAUGGAAGACUUUGAAAAAGAGCGGAUUCUCGAAGUCAAGAUGACGCAACUGGCGCUUGUUGAGCUGCUGGAGAGCCCCAAGGUAGCCGUCAAUGCCAGUCUGGAGCUUCUGAGCCUGUUUGCACGGUUGUUUGGGCCGCCGCAGGCCACCAAGGCGACGCUGUCCGUCGCUCCAAGGACGAACAGUGUUCCCAAGAGUUCGGCGGGCACGCUGCGCAGCAUCAAAGGUAGCAUAUUUGGCCGCAGCGGUGAACGUGGCGGGCGGCCGACGACAAAGCACUCUAGCAUGAUCGGGCUGGAUAAGAACGGCAGUGCAGCCGGCACGCGUCCGCAAACGACACAGACCGUGGCAAGCCGCGACGCGCCGACGAUCCAGGUGACCAGCAACGAUUUUGAUGAUUUCCGCCGGUCGCGGAAACCGGGCAACUUCAACGAGCGGCGCAGCCAGUCGGGCAAGCGCAACAGCCUCCGCAAGCGGGACAGCAGUGGCAGCCGGCGCCGCGCCGUUAGCAGUGGGGGUGCACCGCCGCGCAGCGCCGUAGAAGACGGCGGCCACGACGGGCUUGUUUCACCCCUGGGCGAGAGCCAAAGUGGCGAGUUCUUCUCACCCCUUCCAACCCGCCAGCGUGUCUCGUCGGCCGCCAGUGGACCUCCGCCGGUGUCGAUGAGCCGACAGGCGUCGCAGGUGGACUCGAUCGCGGCGUCGGCUUCACGAGCACGACUUGGCGGUGAUGGGGACGGACGCAGCGGUCUGCCAGCCGCGCCGGAGAGCGUCGAGACAGCGCUGUCGCUGACGCCGAUCGUCCAGUUCUCCAAGGACGACGAGAAGCGGCGGCGCAACACGGUCCUUGUGGAAGUCUGGCUGAUGAUUGCGGGCUUCUACCGGCGAUCGGAGAUGUUGGACGAUGCGAAGCGGGCCACAGUCGAGGCUCAGAAGCUUGUCCAGGACAUGGAGAUUGACGCGUCGCGGAACCUUACGUCAGGUGCCUCGCUGCGCGACCGCGGCUGGGUUGGCAAGAAAAGCGUCGACGAACUGUGGGCCGAUGUGUGGGCUGAGAUGGGCCACUUAUCGUUGCACAAGGGCGCCCCAUACAAUGCGCGCCUUGAUUUCGAGGCUGCGCUUACGCACUUCCCGGACCAUCCGGCUGCAACCAUUGGGCUGUCCAACAUUCUGCUCGACAUCUACAGCAAAAAGCUCCUUCUGCCGCACGCGAUCCCGCGACUCGAGCUGGCCGAUGGGACCAUGUUCCCAGAAAAGCAGCGCCCGGCCGAGCACAGCGACAAGGAACUGCGGCCGACGCUGCCAUCUGAACCUCUGGGCCUGUUGACGGCUCCGGCGGCCCAAGACAAGGAGGAGCGCCGGAAGAAGCCGGCCGCCGGCACUGCUACGGCGGCCGAGACCGACGUCGCCGCUGCGGCUCAUGCCAAGUCCGACUCGGAGCUGCCACCGCCGUACAAGGCGUCGACACUACCUCCGAUCGACCGCCUGGCAGCUCGGGACCGUGCAUUUGCUCUGCUCUCGGGCCUGACCAAGCUGGGCAGCUCGUGGGACAACUCGGAGGCAUGGUUCGCGCUGGCCCGGGCGCACGAGGAAAGCGGACAGCCGGACAAGGCCAAGGAGGUGCUGUGGUGGUGCGUGGAGCUGGAGGAAGCGGCGGCGGUGCGGCCUUGGAGCGCUGUGGCGACGAGCGGCUAUGUUCUGUGA